CAUUUGGAUGCAAAAUGAUCUCUAUAUUCCAUUGCGUCGUAAGAAAAUGCAUUUUUUCUGAACCUGAAAUGGGGGCCUAUCGAAAAACUGGGUUUUUUGGAAGAAGGGGCGUCAUAAUUUUUCUACCCCAUUGUGGGAAGAAAAAUUUUCGCACUAGCCAACUUAGGUCGGGAAGUUGGAGCAUAACUAGUGUCAAAAUUAUAUAAUUUCAAAAAGUUCUUAACUUGGUUUAUAUACCAAUAAAAAGUAAUUCCGGUUGCGUUCCCAGUUUGGUUAAUUAGGAAUCACCGAUAAAGAACAUUUUUUCAUCUCAUUUCCGACUGUUCAGCCGGACUCAUAAAAAACAACUCCAUUUCCUUGUUAUGUAAGCAGUUGUUGCAAAGGGGAAAAUGGUUCUGUCAGAUAAGACGCUUGAAAAAUCGGGAUAAGGCGAUUCGUUUUCAGGACCCUCAAAAACAAAUCCGUUCAGAAAUAUAUUCUGUCCAACGGUAGUGCUAUCUAAUAAAGUCCGAUGAGUGUAUUGGGAGACAUGGAAAGUUUUUCUAAGAAAAAUAACCUUUUCAAUACUAGAAGGUACUUUCAAUACAAACAAAAAUGUCAAAAACAAACCAAAGCCAAAUCACAGAGAAAAAAGAAAAAAAAAAUCCGACCGCGUCGGAAUUGGAGCUGAUUUCUUUUGCCGGAACCUGGUCAGAAGUAUUCGCACAAACGAAACUAUCGGAUGCAGCAGCCCUAAGGAUAAGCAACCAUAUCACCAGAAAGCAGACAUCGAUUGAUAGACAGUCUACUGGAACCGACAGAGUAAUAUUCCGCAUAAUUAAUCUCCAAGGAAGUCAUGUCCGAGGACCGCGUUCGAGAAAAGGAUCGUUCCAGGGGACGAGAUCGCUCCAGAGACAGGAUUCGUUCCAGAGAUCGCUCUCAUGAUCGAGACCGCUCCCGGGAUCGGAAUCGUUCUAGAGAGCGAGACCGUUCCAGGGAUCGGGAUCUCGAUCGUUCCCGUGAUCGGUAUCGCUCCUCAUACAGGGAUAGAAGUCGAGAACGCUCACGUUACGACGACUAUAGAUGGGAUGACCGUUAUCACUCCGAUCGGUACCGAGAUGAUAGAUACAGCAGCCGUUAUGAUCGUGAUCGGGGCCGUGACAGGGAUUACAGUAGACGUGAUCGUAGUCGCAGUAAAAGUCGUGACGAUCGUAGACGCAGGAAGAAGCGCAGCCGGUCUAACUCGCGGUUCCGUAACGAAUCCUUAUCGAGGUCAAGAUCAAGGUCAAAUUCGAAAUCUAGAUCCAGGUCCAAAUCAAGGACAAGCGACAAAAGUAAUGCUUCUAAUGAACUACAACGACCUAAAAGAGAUCUAUCCGUAGAAAUAGAACAGGAAUUGCAAAACUUGCGCAAACUUUCAGAUAUGAAGGCCACGAUAGCAAAAUUGAAAGAAGAAGCCGAUAGCAAAGCUAACUGUUCGGACUCGUCCGAUUCUGAAAAGGCAGAGAAUAGCAAUCCUGGAGCGACUUCCAGUUCUUUCAAGAAGGAAGUACCAUUCGCUUCUAAAUCUAACUUCGGCAAAAGUUCCAAGCAGGAGUUUGUGCCAGAAAUACAAACUGAAGAAGAGCGCAUCGAGUUUCAGAAAAAGAUGCAAGAAAAGCUUCAAGCCCACCUCGCAGCAGAGGGCAAGCUUUAUCCUAAACCGAAGCCUUCUCAAACUGCUUAUUCGGCUACAGGUUUUGCGAACGAUGGUUCCUUUUUGGAAAUGUUCAAACAAAUGCAGCAGCACAUGGUAGUCGACACUGCUUUUGCUGGGCCAAGUACUGCGAUGCCCGUUGUGCCAUCAUAUCAAACGGUCACAUCCGUGGUGCCAGCAACACAGCGAACAGCACCUAAACAACCGGUGCCAGUUUCGAUUGUCGGUCGUCGGAGAGGAGGAAAAAUUCUCAAAACCGGUAUCGUCAAGAAACAAAAACCCGUGGAAGAAUCGAACCAAGAUACACCGAAUGAUGCAUGGAACCUAUAUCUGGCAGAAGUGCGAAAGUAUAAGAACGCUUCCUGCGAUGCCGAUUCCAAAACGCGCCCCUUGGUGAAGUAGAUGGGUGUUGCGAGAAUGAUAGUGUUGGGGAACAGUAACUUGCAAGUUUGAUAACUACAUGGUAUUUCUAGUGAUAAGUUGGAUUAAUUGAUAAUGCAUACUAAGUCUUGAUGUAACAUUAUUAAUCAGAAUACAAACGAAUUUGUUUUGUAGGUAAGAUGUCAAACAAUUCUAUUUUUACUAUUUUUUUUAUAAGGAGAAGCGAUCAAUACUUUGAAGGAUAAUUUCGAUGAACGACAUAUCUACUUGUGUCAAGCGGAGUCAAAUAUUGUUCCACAAUUCAACUUUGUUUUGUUCUCAAAUUAAUCAUGACUGCUUAUAUCACGGAUGCACUUCAGGGUAUUGAUCGUGAAAUGUGUGAUUCAUCAGCUCGUAAGUUUCUCUCCCUUCAGUGUUCUUUUCCUGGUCAAAAUGCAUUUUCUUACUUUCGUUCGCGAUGGGUCCGAAAUCUACGCUUAAGAAGAUUAUACUGAAAACUACAAAUUGUGUAUCACAUUGUCUAAAUAAACAUCUAUUUUUUUGUAAUGCCCGUCAUAUCCCUUGCUACUGCUUCUUCGGGGAAAAAACCGACAAACGUGAAAUAAACAUACACUCC